AUGUCUGGUGAGGUUCAAACAAAAGAUGUGGCAUUCGUUAUAGAAGCAGGAACUUCGAAAUUCGUGCAGAAGGAGACGUUAGUAGGCGGACAACCCGAAGUCAACAUGGCCGAGACCCAAGUCCCAAAACUUUCGCCUGCCUCAAUAAAAUCUCGAUCACUUCCGUCAACACCUUCGCAACGGCCCGGCUCUCCUCCUGGGCGGCGAGUAUCCCCUCAUGCAUUGAGAACAGAAAGAGCAGGAUCACCACAUUCAUUGAGAAGUACUGUCGGCCGAAAAUCCCCUGUUCACAAGCGUGGCAUGGUAUGUAAGUACGAGACAGGCAUGAAACAGGCGCGACGAAGAGUUCCCUACACCCUGGGACCCGAAAAACUCGAGGCCGAUCCGAUAGGAGCAGCGAAAAGACUGAGCCCUAAAGAAGAGUUUCGGUUAAGGCAAGAUAUGACUCGUCUCUACGAAAGACUACUGCCCAUGCAAGAGAGCGAAAGCAGACGCCAAGCACUUGUGCAGAAAUUAGAGGCCUUGUUCGGAGCUCGUUGGCCUGGACAACAGAUCACAGUCAACGUCUUUGGAUCAACUGGUAACCUCCUGGGUACAGCCGGCUCUGAUGUUGACAUAUGCAUUUCUACAGAUUGCAAAGAUAUCGAGCACGUCUGCUCGAUAGCUGAUUUGUUGGCAAGGAAUGGUAUGGAAAGAGUCGUGUGUGUAUCAAGUGCAAAAGUGCCCAUUGUAAAGGUGUGGGAUCCAGAAUUACAAGUCGCCUGCGACAUGAACGUCAACAACCCCAUCGCUCUGGAGAACACUGCACUGAUUCGCUCCUAUGUUGCCAUUGAUGACAGAUUCCGCCCGCUGGCAAUGAUCGUCAAGUACUGGGCAAAGCGUCGAAUCUUGAAUGAUGCAGCACUUGGUGGAACACUAAGCUCAUACACAUGGAUAUGUCUGGUUUUGAACUUCCUCCAAACUCGUCAACCUCCAAUUCUGCCGUCCCUACAAGCAAGUCCAAACCUUGAGCCAUGUUUGCUGAACGGUAUCAAUGUCGCUUUCGACAAGGAUUUGUCCAAAUACCAUGACUUCGGGAAGGCCAACACUUCCAGCCUUGGCGACCUACUAUUUCAAUUUUUCCACUAUUACAGCCACGAGCUUGACUUGGAAAAGAGCGUAGUAUCUGUCAGGCUGGGCAAAGUUAUUCCCAAAUCACAGAAAGCGUGGCACCUUCUACAGGAUAACAGGUUGUGCGUAGAAGAACCUUUCAACAUCAGUCGCAAUCUUGGCAAUACCGCAGAUGACACAUCUGUUCGUGGUAUACAUCUGGAAUUACGAAGAGCAUGCGACAUGAUAGCGUCUGGCAAUCUGGAGAAAUGUUGUGAGCAAUACGAGCAACCUCAAACUGAGAUACCGCCUCGUCGUGCGGAAACAUUUGUCCAGCCUACCACCAAAGCGAUCAUUCCACAGCCUCCACCCCAACCACAACAACACUUGCCAAGGCAGAGCAGGAGCAAUCAUGUAAAGAGCAAGCGUGGCGAUCGACAAGCCAAUGCUGGCAGGAGAGCGUCUAAUCCUCCGAACCGAACAAAUACACACCUUCGCGAUCUUCCGUUCCCGAUGACGCCGCAAGAGCUGCACGCGCAGCAACAGCACCAGCAGCAUCUUUUGCAUGAUCAACUUUUUCAACAAUAUCAGUAUCUCCAAAUGCAAGAGCAAGAACUACGUUUGCAACUACACAGACAUCGUGGUUUGGUGGCGACAGGUGGACUCUCAAAUUCAGGUUUGGCAAGCAGUGAUGCUGGAGAGGAAGGAGACACCGGAUUACUCUCUGCUAGGACGAACGUGAGCUCUCGAAUGCCUCUCACAGCCCCACUAUACCAAGCCCGCUUCAACCCUGUUCCAGCCAGUAUGAACAAUGGUGUCAUGACUUCCGGCAUCGUCACGAACCCAGCCUCGCCUUUACUGGCGACGGCGAUACCUGACUCGCGGAGAUAUGCACGGAGGGCGUCCAUCAACAACGCUGCGGCAAGCAGUUUACGUGCUCAAUCACAACCUGCUCGAGGACUGUCUUCGACAGGCCUACCUUACAUGACGCAGCGGUUCGAGGUCCCUGUUCGUCAAGUGGACCUGGCAGCAUCUCGCCGAUCAUCUGCAGCUUCCAUGAUGCAGGAUCCCAUGACUGGUUUACUGCCGCAACAGCUGAUGUCCCUUGGUACACGCUAUGAUGCAGGUAGACCAGCAGUAGAGUACGUUGGGUACUACGUUGGUCAGUCACCCUCUCUCUCCGCGCACCUGAGCAGCGCCACAGUGUCCCCUCUCCCCUCGGCCGCGGGACUUGCCAUACACCACGGCGGGUUGUCACCUCGUAUAUCUACACGUUCUUCGCGGUUACCAAGUGUUUCCACGUCACCUACCUCACAUUAUGCUUCCCUAGCGAGCGGGGCGAAGGUCUUGACGCCAGUAACAGAGAACAUCUCUUCUCUUCACAGCGUUGAGGUCAAUGCAUCACCUUCUCAACGCGGUCCCUUAGUCGUGGAUGGCUCCAUCAACUCUCCGCCGCGACGGCAGAAUAUGGCACGACCAGCUCGAAGCUCUUCUGAAGAGUUUGAUAUCAGUGUAACCACGUCCGAAGAUGCUGCUCUUGAUACGCCGUCAUCUUCGGAUGACGCAUCAAACAAUGGAAGCAGGAGGUCUACAGUUGCUAACGACGGACGAGCGAAGCAUCUCAACGGAGAACUCUUGCAUGAGCAAGAUUUCCUCUCUCUAAAUGGUACAAGCACAAGAUUCCAAGAUCCACUUACAUACGACGAUUCGGACCCUGCAGCUGUGUUGGGCACAGUGGUGGAAGAACGCAAUAUUCGACAGCUGACAAAUGCAUUAACGGCUGCUACUAUAAACAAUGGCGUACUCUCCAACGGCAUUAAACGUCAUCAGCAUGCAGCACCUGCUGGAACCUCCGACCACCCGCUCACACCCUUUGCCAACGGGAGUCAGCCAUUGAUGGUAUCACCGUCAAGUCUGUCUCGGGAGUGGCAAACUCAGAAGACGAAGAGGAAGCACAACAAAAAGAAGGGCCAGAGAAUCGAGGAGCAUGACAGACUGGCCGUUCAAGCCGGUGCAGAAAUUCCUCCAGCAGACGAGUCGCUUCGUAAAGGUGGUUGA